CCCAGAGCUUGUCUUCUGAGCAGCCAUGGGACGCCGAGGCUUCACAUUUCCUCCAAGCACAUGUCAGACUGAGACUCUGGGAAGAGAAUUCAUCACCUCCUACAUGGAGGACUGUGGGAACCCUAGUCAAUUUGAAAUGCAAAUUAGUGGCUACUUUGCCUUCACUUCAGUGUCUGUUUCCAUCUCCAAUUACACAGGCGACGGGGCAAGAUUUGAGAAGAAGAUUAUGGUAAAUCAGGGAGAGAUGGUGCGGGUCAGGUUACCAGAGUCAGUGGGAAUUAGGAGCUCUACCAAGUUCUCCAAGGUGGUCCUAGUCAAGGCUGAUAAAGAUAUCUCAGUAGUGUCUGUCAGCAACAAACAUGUGAGUCCUGAGACCACUGUGCUGUAUCCUGUCUCCAGCUUGGGAAAUGAACACUACAUAGUGACUCCCUCUACCCAAUCCUUAGAUAGUUACCCAGAGUUCUCUGUUAUGACUUACCAAGAGCCCAAUUCCAUGAAGAUCCACAUGAAAGGCAACUUACGUUACGAAACAGGAGUCUACUCCACUGGCAACACACUGGAAAUUAUACUCCUCGCUUUCCAAGGCUACCAGUUUCAAGGCAUAGGAGAUCUAUCUGGCACCAGGAUUGUUUCAGAAAAGCCAGUGGCUGUCUUGGUUGGCCAGGGGUGUUUUUGUAAUAACACAAAAUGCAACCAUGUCUUUGAGCAGCUCCUACCAGUUUGCAGCUGGGGUAGAACAUACAUCAUUCCUCCCUUACCCUGGUAGAAAGUAGAUGAAAUAGUCUAUAUCACUGCUUCCCAGAGCACAACUGUGUUGUACCAACUAGGGGAACAGCCAGAGACCGUUACUCUAGCAGGAGGCAGUGUACUCCAGCAUCCUGUUAAGCCCUGGAUCCCAAUCUACAUCUCUGCUAAUGUGAGCAUCCAAGUGGUGUUCUACAGCAUGGGCUCAGCUGUCCCUAAUUCCUCCCACGCCUUCCUGAUGAAUGUUCCAGAUGU